GUUUCAAACGAGAGAUCCCGGGCUAUUUUUAUCCAAAUAACUAGCCGAAGCUGGUGCUGGUGCCCCGAACAAGUGCCACUAACGACGAAAUGGGCCGGAAGUCCAUGUUCCAAGCUGGCCUGUCAACCAAGUUUUCCAGUCAAUACAAGACGCCAUUCGAAGACACGUCGCUGGAUGCCGCCACCGCCGCCACCAUGCGCUCGGAACGCAAGCUCAAGCUGCAGGAAGAGGUCCUGCUCCGCCAACAGGACAAGAUCGCGGCCGAGAUUCAAAAAAUCGAAGCGGCCAAGAAAAUGAUUCAGAGGCGGCAGGCCCGCGAAGCCAGACGCGUCGCUGCAGAAGUCAAUGCCGCUGCCACAGUCGUGCAAACCGCCGUCCGAAAGCACCUGACUCGACGCAAGGAGCUGCUGGCCGCGGAUGUCAUUUCAUUGGCGUGGCGGCAGCAUUGCCAGAGGGUGGAGGCCCGCCGACAAGAAAUAGAGGCAAAGAAAGCAGCUGCGCAGUGUAUUGCAGGAAGUUUGCGUCGGCACGUUCGCCGCAGACAGAGGGAGCAAGGUGCAGUCGCCGUCCAGCGGGCCGGCCGGAAAUUUCUGGCCAGACGUCGGGCGGAGGACGAGAGGCUGCGGAGGAUGGCGAUCGAUCGACAGAGAAGAACCGCGGGGGCCUUGAAGAUCCAGAGCGUUUUCCGGUGCCAUGUUGUACGGGACACCUUUCUGGACAUCCGGGACAGCGUUGUGCAAGUCCAAGCCGCGAUCCGAGGGCACCUCUGUCGACGACGGCGGCACGAGCAGAUGCCGCCAGCGUCCGGACUAGAGAUAACCCCCUGUGACGGCGAAGAGCUUGGCCCUGAACACGACGACGAUGUAGAGAUCGACAUGCUGGACCAGAAAACGCAAGUAGAACCAGCCAUACCGAGGGAAGCUCUUGGUGCGUUGUCGCCUGUGUGGAGGAGACGCAGCAGCGUCCAGCUUCCCAAGUUGGCUUUAUCCCCCAAGCAGCUCUCGGACGACAUGUCGGAGGGACGGAUGUCUUUAUCAGAUAUGGGGGGCUCUUCGUCUCCUAGCCGCCGGCUACAAAAGCCCUGUCGACAGCGCCGCAAGACGAUCUCCGUGACGUUGAGCCCUAUGCCGUACAAGACAGUGCUAGUGCACCAAGACCAAGGUGAUAACUCGACAGCCGCCUGCCGCCAACGGUACCACGAGGACCUGCGACGAAAGCUGUUGUUGCGAAAGGAACAAGAUCGUUUGAAAGAGCUGGAAAGACAAAAAGUAUUAGCCGACCUCGAGAGGGAGUUGAGCGAGCGGUUAAGCUUGGAGCGCGAAGAGAAGAGAGUGAGGCUGGAGCGCAAGUUCAGUCGACGACGAGUGAAGGAAGCUUCGAAGCGAGGACGGAAUGAUGCUAUUGAGGUGGAGUAUUCAAUGAUGUAGCAUGCAAAUGUUGAGUGGUUCGGGGGUUGUCACGAUGUAGAGGGAACGCCGAGAGAUGGCCGCUAUGGAGCGAGAAGAAAGGGCGAGUCGAGUGGCGUGGAAAGUCAUUGCACGGAGAGAAUCGGACAAAGUCCAACGACAGUUGAAACAAGAGUUGCUGGACAAAGCAGCAGCAACGCCGAUGAAUCGGUAUGAGCGCAAACCAAGGGGGCCGAUCGUUCCGGCAAAACUGUUGCAGCAGUCGAUGGUUGUCGUGGUGACCAAGGCCUCUGAAAGCACGAUCAAGAAGACCGCCACGGUGAAGAAAAAGAAACGACAGAAGAAGGGCUUUACCGUGCAGACGACGCCUGAGAGCAACCAAGAAAUGGACGGGAUCUCCGAAUCUACAAGGGAAGAUCGGGUAGAACCCAGGGAAGAAGAUGGAGACUACUGGAACGACUGUGCAUUUGACGACCUUGUCGACGAAGCGCAAUUGGCGAGUUUGAUCGUCACUUAAUAUAUGCCUUAACGAACGAUGGUCAUCAUUCAACGUUAUAGCAUCCAGC